CUGAGCCUUCUAAAGGGACCGGUCUCUGCCCAGGUGCACAUCUCACUCAUCCUUCUCCUCGGUGAUGUCUCCUCAGCUCAGCUGUGCUCAAAGUCAAGAUGAGCAGCACUGAGGCUGAGAAGACCACGAUAGGCACGAGUGACCUGUCUCACAAAUACUCGGGACCCGAAGACACCAUCGAGAAGGGGGACCCGCCGAAGCUGUUGAAGGAGAAUUCCCGCAACUUCCUCAGUGCCCGUACCAAAAUGGGCACAGAUUACUUGUCCACUGUCUUUGAGAAAAAGGACAAGAAUAAGGACAAGAAGGUUGACUCGUCUGAGCUCCUCUCCUUGCUGGGGGAUAUAGCCACAGACUACCACAAUCAGGGCCACGGAGCGCCACCCUGUUCUGGGGGAAAUUAG